CCUUGUUACCCUGUUACCUUGUUACCCUGUUACCUUAUUACCCUGUUACCUUGUUACUGUGUUACCUUAUUACCCUGUUCCCUUGUUACCCUGUUAACUUGUUACCAUGUUACCUUGUUACCCUGUUACCUUGUUACCCUGUUAACUUGUUACCCUGUUAACUUGUUACCCUGUUCCGUUGUUACCCUGUUCCCUUGUUUCCCUGUUACCUUGUUACCCUGUUACCUUGUUACUCUGUUACCUUAUCACCCUGUUACCUUGUUACUCUGUUACCCUGUUAACUUGUUACCCUGUUACCUUAUUACCCUGUUACCUUGUUACUCUGUUACCUUAUUACCCUGUUCCCUUGUUACUCUGUUACCCUGUUACCCUGUUACAUUGUUACUCUGUUACCCUGUUAACUUGUUACCCUGUUAACUUGUUACCCUGUUAACUUGUUACCCUGUUACCUUAUUACCCUGUUACCUUGUUACCCUGUUAACUUGUUACCCUGUUACCUUGUUACCCUGUUAACUUGUUACCCUGUUACCUUGUUACCCUGUUAACUUGUUACCCUGUUACCUUGUUACCCUGUUCCCUUGUUACCCUGUUACCUUAUUACCCUGUUACCUUGUUACUCUGUUACCUUAUUACCCUGUUCCCUUGUUACCCUGUUAACUUGUUACCAUGUUACCUUGUUACCCUUUUACCUUGUUACCCUGUUAACUUGUUACUCUGUUCCCUUGUUACCCUGUUACUUUAUUACUCUGUUUCCUUGUUACCUUGUUAGUCUGUUCCCUUGUUACCCUGUUAACUUGUUACUCUGUUCCCUUGUUACUCUGUUACCUUGUUACUCUGUUACCUUAUUACCCUGUUACCUUGUUACCCUGUUACCUUGUUACCCUGUUAACUUGUUACCCUGUUACCUUGUUACCCUGUUAACUUGUUACCCUGUUCCCUUGUAACCCUGUUCCCUUGUUUCCCUGUUACCUUAUUACCCUGUUACCUUCUUACUCUGUUACCAUAUUACCCUGUUACCUUGUUACUCUGUUACCCUGUUACCUUGCUACCCUGUUACCUUGUUACUCUGUUACCCUGUUAACUUGUUACCCUGUUACCUUAUUACCCUUUUACCUUGUUACUCUGUUACCCUGUUACCCUGUUACAUUGUUACUCUGUUACCCUGUUAACUUGUUAGCGUGUUAACUUGUUACCCUGUUACCUUAUUACCCUGUUACCUUGCUACUGUGUUACCCUGUUACCUUGUUACUCUGUUACCCGGUUAACUUGUUACCCUGUUACCUUAUUACCCUGUUACCUUGUUACUCUGUUACCUUAUUACCCUGUUCCCUUGUUACCCUGUUAACUUGUUACCAUGUUACCUUGUUACCCUGUUACCUUGUUACUAUGUUCCCUUGUUACCCUGUUACCUUACUACUCUGUUCCCUUAUUACCCUGUUACCUUGUUACUCUGUUCCCUUGUUACCCUGUUACCUUGUUGCUCUGUUCCCUUGUUACCCUGUUACCUUGUUACUCUGUUCCCUUGUUACCCUGUUACCUUAUUACUCUGUUCCCUUAUUACCCUGUUACCUUGUUACUCUGUUCCCUCGUUACCCUGUUAACUUGUUACUCUGUUCCCUUGUUACCCUGUUACCUUAUUACUCUGUUCCCUUGUUACCCUGUUACCUUGUUACCCUGUUAACCUGUUACCCUGUUACCUUGUUACCCUGUUAACUUGUUACCAUGUUACCUUGUUACCCUUUUACCUUGUUACCCUGUUAACUUGUUACUCUGUUCCCUUGUUACCCUGUUACUUUAUUACUCUGUUCCCUUGUUACCUUGUUAGUCUGUUCCCUUGUUACCCUGUUAACUUGUUACUCUGUUCCCUUGUUACUCUGUUACCUUGUUACUCUGUUACCUUGUUACUCUGUUACCUUAUUACCCUGUUACCUUGUUACCCUGUUACCUUGUUACCCUGUUAACUUGUUACCCUGUUACCUUGUUACCCUGUUAACUUGUUACCCUUAUACCUUAUUACCCUGUUACCUUGUUACCCUGUUAACUUGUUACCCUGUUAACUUGUUACCCUGUUACCUUGUUACCCUGUUAACUUGUUACCCUGUUACCUUGUUACCGUGUUCCCUUGUUACCCUGUUACCUUAUUACCCUGUUACCUUGUUACUCUGUUACCUUAUUACCCUGUUCCCUUGUUACCCUGUUAACUUGUUACCAUGUUACCUUGUUACCCUGUUACCCUGUUAACUUGUUACUCUGUUCCCUUGUUACCCUCUUACAGAAUUACUCUGUUCCCUUGUUAUCCUCUUACCUUGUUACUCUGUUCCCUUGUUACCCUGUUACCUUAUUACUCUGUUCCCUUGUUACCCUGUUACCUUGUUACCCUGUUAACUUGUUACCCUGUUCCCUUGUUACCCUGUUCCCUUGUUUCCCUGUUACCUUGUUACCCUGUUACCUUGUUACUCUGUUACCUUAUUACCCUGUUACCUUGUUACCCUGUUAGCUUGUUACCAUGUUACCUUGUUACCCUGUUAACUUGUUACUCUGUUCCCUUGUUACCCUCUUACCUUAUUACUCUGUUCCCUUGUUACCCUGUUACGUUGUUACUCUGUUCCCUUGUUACCCUGUUACCUUAUUACUCUGUUCCCUUGUUACCCUGUUACCUUGUUACCCUGUUAACUUGUUACCCUGUUACCUUGUUAGCCUGUUCCCUUGUUACCCUGUUACCUUAUUACCCUGUUACCUUGUUACUCUGUUACCUUAUUACCCUGUUCCCUUGUUACCCUGUUAACUUGUUACCAUGUUACGUUGUUACCCUGUUAACUUGUCACUCUGUUCCCUUGUUACCGUCUUACCUUAUUACUCUGUUUCCUUGUUACCCUGUUACCUUGUUACUCUGUUCCCUUGUUACCCUGUUAUCUUAUUAUUCUGUUCCCUUGUUACCCUGUUACCUUGUUACCCUGUCAACUUGUUACCCUGUUACCUUAUUACUCUGUUCCCUUGUUACUCUGUUACCUUGUUAC